GCUGUGGACACAAAUCCUUUAUCUGUGUAUAUUAUGCAGCCUAUCUGGAACAAAAUUAUGAAGAUAGUGCCUUUGUGGAUCGCUCCCAAUGUGUUAACAUUCUCUGGAUUUGUCAUGAUUUUAGUGAAUUAUUUUCUAAUAUCUUCCUAUGACUGGGACUAUACUGCCUCAGGUACCAGUCCUGGACUUGUUCCCACCUGGGUGUGGCUGUUCAGUGCUUUUACCACCUUUUGUGCUUAUGCUUUAGACUCCAUAGAUGGGAAACAUGCUCGAAGGACUCAGUCCAGUACUCCUCUGGGAGAGUUAUUUGACCACGGGCUGGAUAGCUGGGCUACCUCCAUUUUUGUGCUUUCUUUUUUUUCUGUCUGUUCCCGGGACAAUGGGAAGAGUGGAAUUUCUGUAUAUACAAUGUAUAUAUAUUUAAGCAUUGUCUUGUUUAACUUUAUGUGUUCACACUGGGAGAAAUAUAACACAGGAGUUCUUUUCCUUCCUUGGGGAUACGAUAUAAGCCAAGUGGUAUUAAUAGCAGCAUAUCUGCUCACUGGUUCUGCUGGUGUGGAAGUCUGGCACAAGCCUGUUCUCUUUGGUUUUUACAUUACAGAUGCAUUAGUAAUCUUACUUAUAGGCUUCAGUUUAUUUCUUUCAUUUCCACAAACAUUAUACAACAUCUACAGAGCACAUUUAAAGAAAACACUGAAGAAUGACUCUUUGUACGAAGGACUCCUGCCUCUUGUGUCACCUCUGUUGCUGUUCGUGCUUCUUACAGCCUGGGUGGCUUUAUCUCCAGUCAACAUAUUAGCAAAACAACCAAGAUUGUUUUUGUGGAUGGUUGGGGUUGCUUUCUCAAACGUUAUUUGCAAGGUGAUCAUCUGCCAGAUGAGCAGCACCCAGCCGGAGCUUUUCCACUGGUUCCUUUUCCCGCUGGCACUGGUGGUCUAUGCAGCCAUCUCCGGGCUGCUGGGCUGGAUGGAAGAAGCUGUGCUCUCUGUGUUCACUGUGCUGGUCACGGCUGCCCAUGUGCACUACGGGGUCUGUGUGGGGAGGCAGCUGAGUGAGCACUUGAACAUUUACAUCUUUUCCCUGAAGAAACGUGUCCAGGAGUGA